CACAUGCUGUAAAGUUAUCGAGCGGUGCAGAAGCAAGGCAAAUUUCUAAUGUGUUGGCGAAAAUCGUAUAAAGUUCGCAGAAAAGGAUUUUGAAAAGUUGGAGCUGGUUCAACUAGUGGAGUUCAUCUGUAAUUUAUAAUAUAAAAAAUAUCGUCACUGGAAGGAGGUCAAUCUAUAACAUCAUCUAAGAGUCACAUCGAAAGACGGAUUAUCAAUCAUUUUGUUCGAUUGGGACACGCGAGAGAACCGUCGCUGCUACUUUUAAAACUCUGUGCAAGUGAACCAAUUCGAAAUGUCGUUUGACGAAACUUCCGCUGAUCGUAAUGUGGAGAUAUGGAAGAUUAAAAAGCUUAUAAAGAGCUUGGAAAUGGCUAGAGGUAACGGGACAAGCAUGAUUUCGCUGAUCAUACCACCAAAAGAUCAAAUUAGUCGGGUGAGCAAGAUGUUAGCUGAUGAAUUUGGCACUGCAUCGAAUAUAAAAUCUCGUGUAAACCGCUUGUCUGUACUCGGUGCCAUUACGUCUGUCCAACACAGACUGAAGCUCUACACCAAAGUGCCUCCGAACGGUUUAGUGAUCUACUGCGGUACAAUAGUAACAGAAGAAGGAAAAGAAAAAAAAGUGAACAUCGACUUCGAACCGUUCAAACCAAUUAAUACCUCUCUCUAUCUGUGCGAUAACAAAUUUCACACGGAAGCCCUAACUGCACUACUUGCCGAUGACAAUAAGUUUGGUUUCAUUGUGAUGGAUGGUAACGGUGCCCUUUUUGGAACACUUCAGGGAAAUACUAGAGAAGUAUUACACAAAUUCACUGUAGACCUUCCAAAAAAGCACGGACGUGGUGGUCAAUCUGCGUUGCGUUUCGCUCGAUUGCGCAUGGAAAAACGGCACAACUAUGUACGCAAGGUUGCUGAGGUGGCCACGCAACUAUUCAUCACAAACGAUAAACCUAACAUUGCAGGAUUGAUUCUGGCAGGUAGUGCUGAUUUCAAAACUGAACUUAGUCAGUCGGACAUGUUUGACCCGAGAUUGCAAUCAAAAGUAAUUAAGCUUGUGGACGUUUCUUAUGGAGGAGAAAAUGGGUUCAAUCAAGCUAUAGAACUGGCGGCGGAAUCUUUGCAAAACGUGAAAUUUAUUCAAGAGAAAAAAUUAAUCGGACGUUAUUUUGAUGAAAUUUCGCAGGACACCGGAAAGUACUGUUUCGGAGUUGAGGAUACUCUUAAGGCUCUUGAGUUGGGUUCGGUGGAGACCCUUAUAUGUUGGGAAAAUUUGGACAUUCAACGUUAUGUACUGAAAAACCAUGCAAGCGCCACUUCGACCACAGUAUUACAUCUUACGCCUGAGCAAGAAAAAGAUAAAUCACACUUCACGGAUAAAGAGAGUGGCGUAGAGAUGGAGUUGGUUGAAUCACAACCGCUUCUCGAAUGGUUGGCAAACAAUUACAAAUGUUUUGGCGCAACGUUGGAAAUUAUUACCGACAAGUCCCAAGAAGGAAGCCAAUUUGUUCGCGGAUUCGGAGGAAUUGGAGGAAUUCUGCGUUAUAAAGUAGAUUUUCAAUCCUUGCAAGCGGAUGAACCAUUGGACGAUGUUGAUUUAGAUGAUUACUAAACGACGGCAUUCGUGAUCAUUCGCGUUCAAUAUUCUUGCAAUUUAACGAAAAUAUAUAUUCGGUUUUAUCAUGUUCAAUGAUCGUUGUUGCGAUCGAAUGUGUAAAUGAGCCCUGCUUAGCAUUCAAUCGUGGAAUUGCAAUGGUGAAAAUCGAAAAAUUUAAAUUUAAUUUUUAGUUGUUUGUUCAACGAUUGUUUAACAUGAUAUAGACGAGUAUAGCUUUGCGCAUGAUAUCCAUAGUAAAUAUAACUAACUUUAAAAUUACUAAUGAUUUGAAUAAGUCGUGUCUGACCAUCCAUCUUCAAUUGUUCAUUCGCUUUCAUUAAUUUCGUCAUUCUACAUGAAACCAUAACGUCGAUGAGCGGAAAAUAUGUC